UAUCGCGUGACUCGGCGACGGCGGUGGCGGGAUGUGCUCGUCUUUGCUUCUUGUCCUUGGCCUGGCUUUGGUAUCGUCGGGGCAAAUCGCCUUCCGUGGUGAUGACAGGGGCAAGACAUGCAAUGAUCCGGAGAACAAUCCGGGAGUGUGCGGCUUCUUGAACGAGUGUCCAGCACUGCAAGAAGCACACAGAAACAGGAACAUCCCCCUCCUGCGCAAGGCGCUGUGUGGCACGGCUGGAACAACCAAACUGGUGUGCUGCGGCGAACAGAAGCUGUGUGGGCGCUUCGUCUCGCCACGUGGAUGUGGUCUGUCCUCCUUCACACCCCCGCGCGUCGUCAACGGCAUUCCGGUGAAGAGCGUGACUGACUUCCCCUGGAUGGCGCUGCUCCAAUACUCGUCUGAGCCGAUCAACCGGUGCGGAGGCGCCAUCAUCAACGACCGCUGGAUACUCACAGCCGCGCACUGCAUCAAAAGCGCCGGCCCAGUGAAGGUGCUACUGGGCGACUUGAACAUUGCCACCACCACAGAAGAAAGCACCCAGUACCCGCCCAGAGUGUACAAUGUGGAAAAAGCCUUAAAACAUCCGGAAUAUAAACGGGUUUUCAGAGGAAACGGCCAAGGAUUGUUCAAUGACAUUGCCCUCGUCAAGCUUACGGAGCGCAUCUCGAUAUCCCCCGUGAUGAAGCCGCUGUGCAUCUCCGAUUCCUCCCGCCCCGCCUCCGACCUGGACGGCCAGCAGGUCUACGUCGCCGGCUGGGGCGCGACCGAGUUCGUUGGGCCCACCGUGGCCCAGAUGCAGUGGGCCCGUAUCAACGUCACGCGCCACGCUCAGUGCCAGGAGGCGUACUCCCGCCAGAACACGGCCGUGGACAACACGCAAAUCUGCGCCAACGGCGAGAACGACCUCGGCGUAGUCGACACCUGCAGGGGCGACAGUGGGGGUCCUCUGAUAGAGCGUCGGAACCACAGGAACCAGGAAACCUCGUACGUCGCGGGCGUCGUCUCCUUCGGCUUCGGCUGCGGCAACGCCAACUUACCGGGUAUCUACACCCAUGUGGAGAGCUUUCUCGACUGGAUCGGCUGCACGGUGGCGAAGAACUGACCACCUGACGAUAGGGUGGCGGGGGGGGGGGGGCGGCAGGAGCACUGCUGCAAUAAAGCGUGAUGCUGCGCUGGAACGUCCCUGUUCAGUGCAGAGGCAUCCUCGUGCGGCGAUGUAGCGUGCUUUUAUUAAUGCUUAAGAGUCCCUAUGCGAUGCCGAAGUGUCACUGUGUGUAAUAUUUAGGAGUCCUUGUGUGAUGCGAUGAGCACCUGUGCAUUCGGCGUCUUUGCGUUUCUCGAGCGCCCUGUGUUUUCUAAGUGUCUUUGUGUUGCUGAAUCAUGCCCGUGUUUCUGAAGUGUGCCUGCAUUGCUGAAGCGUGCCUGUGUUUCUGAAGCGUCCCUUUAUUUCUGAAGCGUUCGACCGACGGACGCUAGGAACUCUGACCCGGCGGGGUGGUCGGCUGGACGAUGUUGAAGUGUGCGGCUUGAGUAGAAUGUGAUGUGACCAGGAUGGAGGCUGUAACUUGGCCUCUUUUGAGAACGCCACCGAGUGCUCCAGAGGCUGUGGGCUGCUGUCACCUAACACAGAAUUUCUUUGCUUUGCUUGGUAUUGUAGGACUAGUCGGCAGCAUCGAUGCUUCCCUCUGGGGGUUUGGGCGCGCUGCUUUUUUAUCUGGCUUGAUCUGCAAUCGCCUUACGCUGCCUUAUCUGACAAAUA